CAAAAUGGCGGACUUUAUGGCUGUCGUUUCCUAGAGAGGAGGACAGGUGGGAUCUCCGGUUUGACGAGCUGCUGUUGUUCUCAAUACAAAGAGAAAGCCGGAAGAAAAAAAAAGAAAACGCUUCAAAUUCGAGCUUAAAUAAAAACAUGAACGCGACACGGUGCAUUUAAACAUCACCCGCUGGUUUGUAGUAGAAACUAUGACGGGUUUUGUUUAAAAAAAAUGUCCGAACGAGGAAAGGGAAUUUGAACAGAAACUGCGCAGUCAUAGUUUAAUGGGAGCGGUGACCUGAGCAGAUAUGCCUGCAGACGACAAGGUUGCCAUCCUAACGGACGACGAGGAGGAUCAGAAGAGGAAGUAUGUCCUGGCCGAGCCAUUUAACACCCUGUCCAUGGGGCAGCAGGCGGGCGCGCUGGCGCCACCUGCCGCGCCGGCGUCCGAAACGCCGCCCGAGCAGCCGCCGGCCUCCCAGUCGGCCUCCAUCGACUGCUGCGAGAGGAUGUGCCUCCGCAUCAACACCCACCUCCUCAUCUCCAAAAUAUUCUACUUCUUCUUCUACGCCGCCUACGGCUCGCUGCACCCGCUACUGGCGGUGUACUACAAGCAGCUGGGCAUGUCGGCCAGCCGCAGCGGGCUGCUCGUCGGCAUCCGCUACUUCAUCGAGUUCUGCAGCGCCCCCUUCUGGGGCGUGGUAGCCGACCGCUUCAAGAAAGGGAAGGUCGUGCUGCUGUUCUCCGUUUUCUGCUGGUUGGUGUUCAACUGCGGCAUCGGUUUCGUCCAACCAGCCGAGAUGAGGUGCGAGGAAAAGGGCGCCGUGGUGGAUCCGACUGAUUUGCCGCCUCCUAGUAACGUCACGCCUCCGACGAACUCCACCAACCACACCCGGAGCCGCCGGAGCGUCCUGGAGCUGCACCAGCUUCUUGACGCCCUGGACUCCUUCUCCAGGGAGCUCUACCGGCACAAACGGAGCGUCGACAACAACACAACGUCAGCUCCCCUCAACACCACCCAGCUCACUCCAAACACCACCCUGCAGACCACCACAACCACCACCACCACCACCACCACCACCACUACCACUCCAACAACCACAACCCCCACCAAGCAAUACCAGAUCAUCUACAACCAGGACCAGGUGGAGAGGAUCUUCCUCAUCAUCCUGCUCGUCAUCAUCGUGGGCGAGUUCUUCAGCGCCCCGGCCGUCACCAUCGUGGACACCGUCACCCUGCAGUACCUGGGGAAAGCCCGAGACCGCUACGGCCUCCAGAGGAUGUGGGGCUCCCUGGGUUGGGGUCUGGCCAUGCUGCUGGUGGGCAUCUGGAUCGACCACACGCACAUCACCGUCUUCAUCGACGGCAUCGGCUGCAUCAUCCCCGACUUCCGCCUGCACAACUACCAGAUCGCCUUCAUCGUCUUCGGCGUGCUGAUGGCUCUGGCCUUCAUCGUGGCCACUCAGUUUUACUUCGAAAAGGGCGGCGAGUACCGGCAGGAGGUUCCAGAGGUGGUGGAGGAGGCGGCGGGGACCCCUCACCCCUCCGACUCCGGCUCCAGCUCCGGCUCCUCAGACCAGACUCCCGGCAGCCCCGACUCCACCGAGGAGUUCCACUACAGCGACCUCCUGAAGCUGCUGUGCAGCGUGCGCUACAGCUCCGUCCUGUUCGUGGCCUGGUUCAUGGGCUUCGGCUACGGCUUCGUCUUCAGCUUCCUGUACUGGCACCUGGAGGACCUGAAGGGGACGACCACGCUGUUCGGGGUCUGCUCCGUCCUCAGCCACAUCUCGGAGCUCGCCGCUUAUUUCACCAGCCACAAGUUCAUCGAGCUGGUGGGACACGUCCGAGUGCUGUACAUCGGCCUGGCCUGCAACACCGCCCGCUACCUGUACAUCUCCUACCUGCAGAACGCCUGGACCGUCCUGCCCAUGGAGGUUCUCCAAGGUGUGACCCACGCCUCGGUCUGGGCGGCGUGCAUCUCCUUCCUGAGCGCCGCCGUCCCCCCGGCGCUGAGGACGUCGGCGCAGGGGAUCCUGCAGGGUCUGCACCUCGGACUGGGCCGCGGCUGUGGAGCCAUGGUGGGAGGAGUGUUCGUCAAUUACUUUGGUGCUGCAGCGACGUUCAGAGGAAUCGGCAUGGCCUCCCUCGUCAUCCUCCUCAUCUUCUCCUUCAUCCAGUGUCUGACUGGAGAGAACGAAGGCAAAGAGGACAAGAUGCUGGCGGAGAACAUCCCGGUUCCGUCCAGCCCCGUUCCCAUCGCCACCAUCGACCUGGUCCAGAGCCAGAGCUCUGCCGGCAGCGCCGCUGCCGCCGCCGCCGCUCGCGCCGCGGCGCUGCCCGUCAAGAAGACGAAGCACCAGGAGGAUCAGGAGGACGUGACCAGGCCGGCCUGGGUGCUCUCCGGCGCCCCCUGGGUCACCAUCGCCUUCGCCGUCGUCCAGAUCAGGGAGAUGAUGCGGAUGACGAAGGGCGGCGGUCCACCUCUGGAGAAUCAGCCGCUGCAGGUACCUAAGGAGCAGGCGUCGGCCGAGUACGAGGCGGUGGCGACGUCGCACGGAAACCCGAGUGACGACGGCUCAGACUCGCCAGCAUCCGCCCCCAGGAUGCCCACGCAGACAGACGCCACCCGGCCGACGACGUCAGACUGCAACAAAGAGCAAACACACCCUGAUUCAGACGGAGGAGGAGGAGGAGGAGGAGGAGGAGGAGGAGGAGGAGGAGGAGGAGGAGGAGACGCUGCCGUUAGAGCAGAAAACACACUGUAGAAACACACACUUUACUCUUUGUCUCAGCCUCAGUGUUAAAACCUGCUCAGCUUCUAAACACUGUACAUAUAUAUACAUAUAUAAAUAUAUGCGGACAUUAAAUGAGGCAGAUUAAUUUAAGUUAUUGGAGGUUUUUUUUUGUAGCGGGGACUUUUAAUGGCUGAGGUUCAUGUGCACUAUAUUAACGGCCGGUGGAGUGUGAAGGGAAUUUCCUCAAAAAAAAAAAAUGUAAAUGUGCCUCUUCAUGACUUAUUAAAUGAAUUAAAAAAAAAGAGAAGAGAUGAAAGCUGAAGAAACUACAUCUAAAUCCGGUUUAUUCCCCUGUGAUGUGCAGCUUUAAGGCAAAUUAAAUUAUCAUAUUUUACAGCUUUUUAUUUUUCAGGGAGUUUUUACAUUCAUCUAAAAUUUACAUUUUUUUUUUAAUGCUUUUAAUUUGAAACUGUAAAAUAAUAAGAAAAUGAUUGAAAUAGAUCCUAAAACGUUUUAAUGGAUAAAUCCAAAUAGAAACCACGUGUUUGACAGGUUUAUUAUCGUCUGCUAUUAGUUAUUUAUAUAAUUAUCUCUGCAGAAUAACUUCGCCUGCUCACAUGUUGCUUCGUUCAGGUUUCAUCUCUUCUCCUAAAAGACGAACUCGGCUCUUUGAGGACUAACGGGACCAGUUGACUCUGCGAUCGAGCUGGAGGAGCCGUCGUGACUAAGUGCCUCUUUAUAAACCUCUUAAUCACCGUUAUUGUUCUAACUUCUCGUGACGAGAGCUUCUCUGAGGAGCCCUCGACUGUGCCGUCAUUUUUAAACAUCGAAGCUUCCGGUCUUUGAUUUUCAUGCCAAACGAAAUCAGUGUUGUGUAGGAAAACUGUAACGGCGAAGCCACGAUUAAAAGACGUUUUGGGGAAAAAUUGA